GGUCAAGAAAAUGUGAAUCUAUCCAACCACUUCCUAAUACAGCCUAAUAGGCCUAAUACAGCUUCAUGUUAGUGCUUAAUUGGUCGUCGUCCACAUUUCCCGCCAAUAGUGGUGACAUGUGAUACUGCCUCUGCAGCGAAAGUGUUUCGCACCAAUCAGUAGAUACCGUUUAUUCACGUCCCCCUGCUGUGUAAAUGUAAUCUUUGUUGGCAACAUUGGUUGGCGCUUGAAACGUGUGUGGUGUGGAAGACAUUAUAAGGUUAAUUAAGAAAUACAGUUUAAUCGUAAUCCGGAAUAAUGAAAGAUUGCGAUUUCAAUCCAGAAACCCUGCCAGAUCUUCUGGCUGUGUAUUAUAAGAGGCUUUUUCCAUUUGGUCCUUAUUAUAGAUGGCUGAGUUACGGAAAUGUGAGAAGUCACUACUUUGACCAUCGUGAGUUUUCCUUCACACUGGCUGAUGACAUUUAUAUUAGAUAUCAGUCCUUUGCUAACCAGGAGGAACUGGAGGCAGAGAUACAUAAACGAAACCCAUACAAGAUUGACAUUGGAGCUGUUUAUUCUCAUAGGCCAAAGGAACAUAGAACACUGCCUUCGUUUCAUCCUCUUGAGAAGGAACUGGUAUUUGAUAUUGACAUGACUGAUUAUGAUGACAUUCGCUCAUGUUGCAGUGGGGCUAAUGUCUGUGUUAAAUGCUGGCGUUUUAUGGCCAUUGCUUGCAAAGUAUUGGAUACAGCAUUGAGAGAGGAUUUUGGAUUUGAACACUUGCUGUGGGUAUUUUCUGGACGUCGAGGUAUACAUUGUUGGGUAUGUGAUGAUGAAGCUCGCAAGUUGGAUACUGCAGCACGAUCAGUCGUAGCAGAGUACUUGCAGCUUCUUACUGGUGGAGAAACCCAGUCAAAGAAAGUUACUUUGCCAGGAGACAAACUGCACACAUCAAUCAAACGGGCAAAGGAUAUAAUAGAAAAACAGUUUGUAAGUAUGUGUGUAGAGGAACAAGAUAUAUUGGGUACAGCGGCAACAGUGCAGAAGUUUCUGAGUUUGAUUCCUGAUGAACCAUUGAGACAGGACUUGGAGAAGGAACUGCAGAAACAUUCCACAUCAAAGGAACGGUGGGAAGCAGUGUUGAGACAUGUCAGAGAGCUCAGAGACAAGGGACAACUGAAACGUCGUCGUCAGUUCUUAUUAGAAGAAAUAAUGUUGCAAUAUGCAUACCCUCGACUUGAUAUCAAUGUCACCAAAGGACUUAACCAUUUACUCAAAUCUCCAUUUUGUGUGCAUCCUAAGACAGGAAAAGUGUGCAUACCUUUCAAUCCUCGAGCAGCUGAGAAGUUCAAUCCCACCACUGUUCCCACAAUACGCCAGCUGAUAGAAGAAGUAAGUGAAUUUGAUGCAAAAACUAAAGAGAUGUCAGCUGAGGAUACCAAACAUCGAAUGAAGGAUUAUAAGAAAACUAGUAUGUUGAAGGGCAUUGUUGUAUUUGAUGAAUUUGUUCGCAAAUUGGAGCAGACCUGGAAAGGGACACGACUGGAAGCUAGCGAUAUGAAAAUGCAGUUUUAGGUAUAACCAUCACUGAACACAGAGGGAGAAAUAAGAGAAUAAUGUGAUGAUUUCAAACUGGAAAUCUGUUUCUGGCUUGUAUGGUUAUGAGACAUAAGCCUGAAGGAAGAUGAUAAGAAGACACCAGUUUUCAUGAGCAAUCUCUUUAUCUUUCUAUGUAAUGCAGCUUGGUACAGUAUGGGAGGUAUUCACUUAACAGAAAUCGUGGACCCAGAGCUCUGCUCAUUAAUGUUAGAUGAAUUACUGUAGGUACUGUGUUUUUAGUGCACCCUGCACCAUGUCCUUAUGGCUGCCAUUCCUCUCCUAUAACCCUAUGAGUGAGAGUUCACCCCAUCUGCUGACUACAUUACUACAUAUUUGUUUUAGGCAAAAUAUUACAUAAUUCUGUUGACUGAAGAGACUUGCGUGUGUUUUGUCUUUCAGUUAUGUCAGCAAACAUAUUUCCUUUCUUAUUUAAACAUCCCACUAAAAUUAGUUAAUAUCUAUAUAAAUAUUUACAAUGCAUACAUAAACUGCUUGUGUUGUACAGUUGUAAUUUUAAAUUGUCACUUCUGCUGAAUAAUAUGUGACCAUUGUAUGAUAUUUAUGUAUUUGUAAUUAAAAUUUUUUACUGAUUAAAGAAAAUACAGAAACACCAUCAAUUGAAUUUCUUUUUUAACCUUUGUAUAUUACUGUAAGUGGGCACAUAAUAGUGUAGUUGGUUGAGGCACUAUUCUACAACUAGGAGGGUCAUGGGUU